CACAUUCCCGCUCGGACCGAUUACAGUGUGACACAGGGGAAAAGCGGUCGGAUUGGUGUGUUAACCAGUAGCGGAGCCUCUGUGGAAUGGAUAAACGUGUGCAUUUAGCACACAGAAUAAACCAUUUUCUUUACAGUUUGAAGAUGUGCCUUUGAAGAUUGUAACAGAUCUUCACCGAAAACUGCAUUGAACAGUAUAGAAGUCCUGGGGCAGCUGGGAUAAAAGUCCACUGUCUUUCAAAGAUUAAUAGGCAUCAUUUUAAUAUUACCUGUAGAGUGAGAUUGGAGCGUCUCCUAUCAGACGGCUUGUCAUGGAGAAGUCAUGGAGGUUUUGGGGAAUCCUGAAGCGAUGCCUAAUGACUGUGUGCUCCUGGACUUGGGGAGUUUGUCGCAUCUCACUGCUGGCUCUUAUCCUUACCUUCCACCUCUAUGGUGGCAUCUUGUUGCUGGGUCUCAUCCUGGCAUCCGUGGCUGGGAUCCUGUACAAGUUUCAGGAUGUGUUGCUGUACUUCCCUGACCAGCCUUCCUCCUCACGCCUUUAUGUUCCCAUGCCUACCGGAAUUCCAAAUGAGAACGUCUAUAUACGUACUAAAGAUGGUGUUCGGCUCAACCUAAUUCUGCUUCGCUACACGGGUGAAAAUCCUGCCCUAGUACCCACCAUCUUGUAUUUUCACGGCAACGCAGGGAACAUCGGACACCGUGUUCCCAACGCACUUCUCAUGCUCGUUAACCUAAAAGCUAACGUGGUUCUGGUAGACUACAGAGGUUAUGGAAAAAGUGAUGGUGAGCCAAGUGAAGGGGGCCUCUAUCAGGAUGCCGUGGCCACACUGGACUACGUCAUGUCACGGCCUGACAUUGACAAGACUAAAAUCGUAUUGUUUGGCCGCUCUCUGGGGGGCGCCGUGGCCAUCAGGUUGGCCUCAGUCAACCCACACCGCGUGGCAGCUAUAAUGGUGGAGAACACGUUCUUGAGCAUCCCACACAUGGCGUCCACACUCUUUUCCUUCUUCCCCAUGCGCUACCUGCCCCUUUGGUGCUAUAAGAACAAAUUUCUGUCUUACAGGUAUGUGACGCUAUGCCGCAUGCCCUCACUUUUCAUAUCGGGCCUGUCGGAUCAGCUUAUCCCACCUGUCAUGAUGAAGCAGCUAUACGAGCUGUCGCCUGCGCGGACUAAGCGCCUCGCCAUCUUCCCUGAGGGAACGCACAACGACACCUGGCAGUGCCAGGGUUACUUCGCUGCACUUGAGCAGUUUAUGAAAGACCUGCUCAAGGGCCAUGCGCAAGAGGAGGCAUCCCAGGGCUCAGCAAGUGUCACCAUCAUCUAGAAACUACUACUCAUGUGGAUCUGCUGUAAUAGAAUGUUCAUUUUUACCCACCUCCCACCACCCCAUUUCCCCAACUCCAUUUCUAGCACUUAAUUUUCACUUAUUAUUAUACUAGGGAUAUGUGUGUGGAUUGUGAUGGGAGGAGGGUGCAUUUUUAAAUAUCUUUAAAGCUUUCAGUUAAAAUAUGAAUGCAUGAAUGAUCCACUUCUGCAAUGUGAUAUCUUCUUAGUCUUCAUUUUCACACACUCAUUUGUACUGACUGUACAGGCCUUUUUAUACAGAGACUUUACCAUUCAAGGUAUACCAAAUGAUCAUUCACUGGCACAUCUUGCUGUAUAAUAAAGAUACUUGCCUAAUAAUGUCAGGCAAAGUGUUAAGUAUUUUGUUCUGUUUUGAUGCAGUGUGACUUGAAUGUUUGAAACAAAAUCUUAAGAGCUAACAUUUAAAAACCAUAAACUAGGCAGUGGCAGAGAAGUGACAAGUACUUACAGGUGCAACCAGUGUUGUUUGUUUUUUUUUCUUUUUUCUUUUUUUUUUAAAUGUUUUUUUUCCUUUUUUUUCUCUCUUUUUUUUAAAGCAACCUGUAGCUUCAACAUCCUCCAUUCUGUUGUGUUUUUAAAGGCCUUGUUCUUGCUCAUGGGUUUACUUAUUGAAGCUGAAAACAGACUCAGGAAAAUGUCUGAUUCCUGAGAGAAUCCCUUCAGUUUGAUGCCUGGCAUUUUGGUGUUCGAGCAGCAGAUGCUCAGAGCGUGCUGCAUACUCGCUUCAUCCAAAGGUGGCUGUGAAUCAUUGUGGCUGAUGGCAGAUUUCAAACAGUGUAAGAUUUCUUAAGGUGUAAAGUAUGUAGGAGUAUGACAGUGUUGCAAGUACACCCCUUUUGCAAACAUUGUAAAUAAGAUGUCUUGGAGCACAGGGAUGUUUGUGCUGCUGUACUUGAUUUUAAUAAAUUCGUAUACUCUGGA